AUGUCUGAAGGCGACGUCCAGCCUCCCAAAAAGGGCCCUGUCGUGGCGGAAGCCCACGAGGUCGACACCUUCCAUGUUCCUAAACCCUUUUUCACCAAAGGCCCCGGAAAGGCUCACAUUAAGGACCUUGACGAAUACUAUGCCCUGUACAAGGAGUCCAUCGAACAGCCGGAUAAGUUCUGGGCAAAGAUGGCCCGAGAACUACUGGACUGGGACAAAGACUUCAAGACCGUUCGGUCUGGCUCUUUCGCCAAUGGCGACGCCGCGUGGUUUUUAGAGGGUCGCCUCAAUGCCAGCUAUAACUGCGUCGACCGCCACGCCUUCAAAAACCCCGACAAGCCUGCUGUGAUCUACGAGGCAGACGAACCCGGCGAGGGUCGUGUCCUCACCUACGGCGAGCUCCUCCGCGAAGUUUCACGAGUAGCCUACACCCUAAAACAGAUGGGUGUCAGGAAAGGCGAUACCGUUGCCCUCUACCUGCCCAUGAUUCCUGAAGCAGUCAUUUCCUUCCUCGCCGUCACCCGCAUUGGCGCCGUGCACUCGGUUGUCUUUGCCGGUUUCUCAUCCGGCUCGCUAGCAGACCGAAUCAACGACGCCAAUUCCAAAGUCGUCAUCACCACCGACGAAGGAAAGCGUGGCGGCAAACUGAUCGGGACCAAGAAGAUUGUGGAUGAAGCACUGAAGAAAUGCCCGGGUGUCACUCACGUGCUCGUCUAUCAGAGGACAGGUGCGGAUGUACCCUGGACAAAAGGCCGAGAUUACUGGUGGCAUGAAGAGACUGCAAAAUACCCCGCCUAUAUUGCCCCGGAGUCCAUGGCAUCGGAGGAUCCUCUUUUCCUGCUCUACACGUCGGGCUCUACUGGUAAGCCCAAAGGUGUCAUGCACUCGACCGCAGGCUACCUCCUAGGUGCUGCAACAACCGGCAAGUACGUCUUCGAUAUCCACGACAAUGAUGUCUUCUUCUGUGGUGGUGAUGUCGGUUGGAUCACUGGGCAUACCUACGUCGUGUAUGCGCCACUCCUCCUUGGUGUCGCGACCGUGGUCUUCGAGGGUACGCCAGCCUACCCCAACUUCUCCCGAUACUGGGACGUGAUCGACAAGCACAGCGUCACGCAAUUCUAUGUCGCCCCCACCGCUCUCCGCCUGUUGAAGAGAGCUGGUGAUGAACAUAUCCACCAUCAGCUGCACAAGCUGCGAGUUUUGGGCUCGGUUGGUGAGCCAAUCGCAGCCGAGGUCUGGAAGUGGUAUUUCGAAGCUGUCGGCAAGGAAGAGGCUCAUAUUGUUGACACCUACUGGCAAACCGAGACCGGCUCUCAUGUGAUCACACCGCUGGCUGGUGUGACGCCGACGAAACCGGGCAGUGCCUCGCUGCCCUUCUUCGGUAUUGAACCUGCGAUUAUUGACCCAGUCUCUGGUGAGGAAAUUGAGGGCAAUGAUGUGGAGGGGGUGCUGGCAUUCAAGCAGCCGUGGCCAAGCAUGGCGCGAACUGUCUGGGGUGCACAUCAAAGAUACAUGGACACCUAUUUGAACGUGUACAAGGGUUAUUAUUUUACUGGUGACGGCGCCGGUCGUGACCACGAAGGUUACUACUGGAUUCGGGGUCGUGUCGAUGACGUCGUUAAUGUCUCUGGGCAUCGUUUGUCGACUGCAGAAAUCGAAGCUGCCCUCAUCGAACACGAAGGGGUCGCUGAAGCUGCCGUGGUUGGUAUCAACGACGAACUCACAGGCCAAGCUGUCAAUGCAUUUGUGUCGUUGAAGGAUGGCGUGGAUAGUGGUGAACCGAUACGCAAGGACCUGAUCCUCCAAGUGCGCAAGUCCAUUGGUCCGUUUGCAGCACCAAAGGCCGUCUUCGUCGUCGACGAUCUCCCCAAGACUCGCUCCGGCAAGAUCAUGAGGAGAAUUCUGAGAAAGAUUUUGAGCGGAGAGGAGGACAGCCUUGGAGAUACGUCGACCCUCAGCGAUCCCAGUGUGGUUGACAAGAUCAUCGAGACAGUCAAGGCGUCAAAGAAGAAGUGA